AUGGACGCAUUCCCAACAAGGACAACUCAAGACUUGGCUCGACACCCUUCGUCAAGACAUGGACCUUCGGUUUUUAAUCCCUAUCGACAGAGCUUUCCAGCUCUGCUGCCGCUAAUCGUCAUGCGUGGAGAGAAAGCAGACGCGCUCAAAUGUGAACUCCUUCGGGCUCGUAUACAGCUAGAGAAAUCUCAGAUGGAGGUGUCGGACUUGAAGUUGGAGGUUGAAACCGUGAGGAACUCUCAGGGUCUGGCAGAAAGGCAGUUAGCUGAAUUGCAGCGCCUGUUCGAUGAACAGGUUGCCUCGGUUUCUCAAUUGGCCACAGUGGAGGAGCGAAAAUCGGAACUUGAGUUGGAGAAUGCAUCCCUACGAACUCGGCUUGAGCAGGCCCUUCAUGGUCCAGGCAACUCCUCCAGUCUCAUCAGCCGUCCUGACGGCAGCGGUCUCAUGCGUUCCUCUUCCCUCCUCCACACUACGCGCCUGGAACAGCGGGUCACCGCACUGGAAUCCGAGAAUGCGGAACUGAGACGCAAACAGGCC